CGAACAGCAACCCAAUUUAAAGCAUCCAGACCUUUUUGACCAGGACCAUCAUCUACUCUUCCACCUUUGUUCCACCAUCUACUUCCAUCAACCAUCUUCACGCUGAUCAUCGUCCUCCGCUACAAUGGCUGCACCAACGAAAGUCACCUUCCCAUCUUUCAUGCUGCAGGUCUGCGGCGAGCUCUAUGCUCCUGUGCCCGGCUCCCCCGAUCGCAAAGGUGCUGCAGUUGUGGUCAGUCACCCCAUGACCGGUGUCAAAGAGCAGACCUCUGCGGACCACGCCCGUUUGCUCUCGAAAGCCGGUUUCUACGCCCUCACGUUUGAUGCCGCGUAUCAGGGGGAAAGCACCGGUCAACCGCGUGGCCUUGAAGAUCCCCACCAGAGAGUGGAAGAUAACAAGGCUGCUGUCAGCUUCUUGACCACUCUCCAGGGCAAGGUUGACCCUAGUCGCAUUGGUGUUCUUGGAAUUUGCGCCUCGGGUGGUUACACAUCCUAUGCCGCGCAGUCUGACUCGCGGAUCAAGGCUCUGGCCACUGUCAGUGCCGCUUGUGUUGGUCGCAUGACCCGCAAUGGAGGCCUCCAUAAGGAGAACAACAAGGAGGUUCCCGAGGCCAUUGCCGGGGCUCUUCAAGCGGCGGGACAAUGGCGAACGCAGGAGGCUCGCGGACCUCAUUCAGAGGCCCCUGCCAUGUUCAGCUCCGAUAUCAAGGAGAUUCCCGAUAAUGCCGACUCGUUCUUCAAGGAUGCUGCGGCAUACUACGGGUCUAAGCGCGGAAACCACCCCCGUUCGGACCAGAAAGUCCCUCCCUCCAGCUACGACCUUAUGAUCAGCUAUGACUCGUUCAACUUCCAACACCUGAUCUCCCCACGCCCGUUAUUGAUGAUCGCCGGAUCCGAGGCGCAGACCCUUCACUACAGUGAAACCACGGUUGCUGCGGCCCGGGAGCCCAAAGAGCUCUUCAUUGUUGACGGAAAGAACCACUUCGAGCUCUACGAUAAUCUUACGGUAUCGGGCCCGAAGCUCGUGGAGUUUUUCGGAAAGAGCCUGUGAAGUGCAUGUCGAUGAUUCAUAGUGCAGACAUUGAAGUAAAUCUGAAGCAAUUAUAAA